AAUCAUAGUGUAAUGGCGGCUCUAGUCAUCGCUGCUUUCCUUUCAUGUGUGUGAAUGAUUAAAUUAAUAAUUUCUGUAAAAUUCUGUUGAUUUUAAGUGUUAACAUUAAUUGAAAUGUGAUAUCAGUUUCAUUAUUGUUGCUUAUUUACAGCAUCCAGAUCUAUAACUAUCCAGAACGGAUAUAAAGCGUCAGGAUGUCAAGCGACGAGGACAAACCGCCUGCACCGCCGGUGCGCCUGACCAGCAACCGUGCCACUGACCGCGGGGACUCCGUAGCGUCGGUGGACAUGAGGCCACUACCUAAAGAACCUGACGAUGGUGGUGACAGAAAGAAAAAGACUUUAAAGGCUAAAAUAAAAGGUUCUAAAAGUACUGCACAUAAUGACAACAAGCCCAACAUUAGCUAUCCAACAAAUUUUGAACAUACUGUGCAUGUGGGAUUUGAUGCAGUGACAGGAGAAUUUACAGGCAUGCCAGAGGCGUGGGCGCGGCUGCUGAUGGCGUCCAACAUCAGCAAGCAGGAGCAGAAAAGCAACCCGCAGGCCGUGCUCGACGUGCUCAAGUGGUACGACGCUUCAGCCACGCAGCCCCCGCCCUCUAAGUAUAUGACCUCCGCGCAGAUGCACACUACGCAUUCAGGGUCAUCCGUGUCACGAGUGUCCUCCAGUAGUCCUUCAUCAUCGACGCCCACGGAUACAGAGCACCCCGAGCCCCCUCCGCCGCCACCGUCACGUCCCGACCGUACCAAGAGUAUUUAUACGAAACCAAUAGAAGAGGAAGAGGCGCCGCCGCCGCGGCCGGCGCCUGCGCCCGCGUCCCCGCCACAUGUGCCUCACCCAGCGCUCACCACACAUUCGAUAUGCAGCCGCGCGGAGGCGCCGGGCGCGGCCGUGCUGGACCGCAACAAGAACCCCGCGCCGCCGCACACGCCGCCGCCGCACGCGCCCCUCGCGCCGCACGCGCCGCACGUACAGCACGCGCCGCACGUGCCGCCGGCUAACGGCGCAAACACCAACACCGAAACCGGGAGAGCAACGGGUCAACAACAAAGAAAGAAAAAGAUGACUGACGAAGAAAUCUUAGAAAAAUUAAGGACUAUUGUAAGCGUUGGUGACCCUAAUAGAAAAUAUACUAAAAUGGAGAAAAUUGGUCAAGGUGCAUCAGGAACAGUGUAUACGGCGAUCGAAACCUCCACGGGCAUGGAGGUGGCGAUCAAGCAGAUGAACCUGAGCCAGCAGCCCAAGAAGGAGUUGAUCAUUAACGAGAUCCUCGUCAUGCGGGAGAACAAGCACAACAACGUCGUCAAUUACCUCGACAGCUACCUUGUCAAUGAGGAGCUAUGGGUGGUGAUGGAGUACCUAGCGGGCGGGUCGCUGACGGACGUGGUGACGGAGACGUGCAUGGACGAGGGGCAGAUCGCCGCCGUGUGCCGCGAGGUGCUGCAGGCGCUGCACUUCCUGCACACCAACCAUGUCAUACACCGCGACAUCAAGUCCGACAACAUCUUGCUCGGACUCGACGGACAAGUCAAACUUACUGACUUUGGCUUCUGUGCGCAAAUAUCUCCCGAGCAGAAUAAACGGACGACGAUGGUAGGCACGCCUUAUUGGAUGGCACCUGAAGUAGUUACGAGAAAGCAAUAUGGUCCAAAGGUGGAUGUAUGGUCACUAGGCAUAAUGGCGAUAGAAAUGAUAGAAGGCGAGCCGCCGUACUUAAACGAGAAUCCCCUAAGAGCGCUGUACUUGAUCGCAACGAAUGGCAAGCCCGACAUCAAGGACAAGGAGAAGCUCAGCACCGUCUUCCAGGAUUUCCUCGACCAGUGCCUCGAAGUGGACGUCGAGAGACGCGCCACUGCGCUUGAUCUCCUCAAGCAUCCGUUCCUCAAGAUGGCGCGGCCAUUAGCGUCGCUGACUCCCCUGAUCAUGGCAGCGAAAGAGGCGGCUAAAGGACAUUAGCGCAGGCCACCGGCGCCGGUGGCGCCCGCGCGCGACUAGCGUGCUCAGUGCCUACUACACGUACGCGAGUACGUACAUACACUCCAUUUUACUCGUACACUACAUUACUAUUACUACCACGACAUGACUACUUCCAAUUUAAGCUACGUGUUCUCUCUCGGUUCUCCUAUACGUUCAAGUGCUCCUGACUUGGUGUGAUUGAAGUGCUUUACCUGCUAUUAAAAUAUGUACACUCAUGUAAAGAGCACAUACUUUAGGAAACAACUAAUGAGAGAUGACUUGUGUAAAGUUACACAGAAUAAUAUUGACAUAAUUAUAUAUAUUGACGAGAAAGGCAGCCGAAGGAACAAAAGAUGUGAUCAUAUUUUUACAAAAGAUUGGUUAAAGUGCAGUCCAGUCCAGUAAUUGUAAAUCGUGUAGUGUCGUGUAAUAGCGUUAUUUAUUCUUAAUAGUAACGUAAUCUCUUAUUGACGUGUUUCGUUCUACUGUAGCGCCUUAAGGAGGAUAGGAUGUAGAUAGUAGACUUUAGGUACGAAUAAUGAAGUUACGAAAUAAUCUAGCUGCAAACGAAGACUGGCAGUUAAUUAGGAGAUCUUGUAAAGUAUAAAUAGUAGAAUACCGUAGUUCUGUUACGUUAGUACCAGUUCAAGCUUAUUCACUGUGACUGUGAUGGUAGUAGAUACGGUAGCUGACCGGCAGGAGGUAGCCAGAAACACAUCAAUAGAGAGGCUCGAGCCGCGCGCUGGCUGGCCGGGGCGGCGGCGUGCUCGUGGGUCUAGCAAUAACGGUUGAUGCGAACGAUCAGUUUAUGACAGAUGAAAGAGUGCUUGAGGAUUUUAAUUAUUUGAAUCAUGAUUACAUGAAACAAGUUUAUUAAGAAUUACGAUUACAAAAAUGACUGAAUAGUUGAUCAGUCGAUAUUGUCAUUGUGUAUUAAUUUAAAUUACGUAUUAAUUUGUGACAGUUGGCUUUUACUGCUUACUUGCUUACGAUAGUUACUACGUAGUUAGUGAUAGUUUUAUGUAUUUAACUGUUAAUUUAUUAAAAAAUCGCUUAAUGCUUAUGAUUGGAUUAUGUAUUUUGAUUAUGAGAUUAUUUAUUAUUAUUAAUCGAGUUCAUUAUUUCAGAAUUUAGUCAUUUUUAUUCAGUUAUAUUUCAUUGUAUUUUGACUCAUUUUUGUUGUUUCGAUAUUUCUUGUGUUGAUAGCAAUAAUGCAUUAUGAAAAUUACUUAUUUUAAUUAUACCAUUAUUUUAUUGUUAGUCAUGAAAGUGAAGCAUUUACUUAGUAUUAAGUUUACAAAGUCUAUUGGAUUAAUUAUAUUUCGAAAUAGAAGAAAAUAAUUAUCAUAAAAUAUAUAGCACAAAAAUACAAAUAAGUUUUUGUGUUAAAUAAUUACAUUAUUUUAUAAUAACAAUAGUUAUAUGAUAAUAAUCAUCUCGCAUUACAAUAUCGACAAUAUUAGAAUGUAGCUAGAGCUCAGUACUUUAACUGGUGUUACUUCGGUUAUUUUUAUUAAAUACAAAAGUAUUUUAUAUUUAAGAUUUGAUUUAUUGUCUCUCUGCUUUUAAUGUGUAGGUUGUGCCGACAGACGCUGUUAAAUAUGGUUUAUUUGUAUUUGAUGACAUGUAUUCACUAUUAUUUUAUCGCGUGAGUGCGGGAGUGAAUGUUUAGUGGUAUAUGAGGGUGAUAUGACAUGGUGACGACGUGACGAUAUGGUAGAGGCUCGCCUGCUAUAUAUUGUACAGACACAAGUUAGAAACGUGUAGUUUACUCUUUGACAAUAUGAAGUGACCAAUUAAAGCUAUGUACGCCGUGCAGUUGUUCCAGGUUGGUGCAAUGUUGUCUUGUUAUGUAUUUAUUCAUACAAAUAUAAUGUUGGGACAUGAUUUAGUUGAGGCAGCAAACCAGUGUACGAGGGGAGGUCAAAAAGUUCGCGGAAUGAGGGGGAAGGGGGUCGAAAUUAAACACGAAACUAUUUUUCCUUUUCAAUAUAUUCUCCCUUAACCUUAACACAUUUUCCGGAUCUAUCAAAUAAUUUGUUUAUUCCAUCAUAAAAAAAAAGAUUUCUCUUUGCUGUCAAAAUAGGCCGAAAUUGCAGACUUGACUUCUUCAUCAUCGCCAAAUUUUCGUCCACGCAGUUCCUUUUUAAUUUUUGGGAACAAAUAAUAAUCGCUGGGGGCCAAGUCUGGACUGUAAGGCGGGUGGUUUAAUUUUUCGAACCCGCAUCGGUGAAUGGCAGCCGUCGCAACAUGGCACGUGUGGACGGGUGCGUUGUCGUGCAAAAGGAGCACACCUCUUGACAGCUUUCCUCUUCUUUUUUCCUUGACAGCCUCUUUCAAUCUAUCCAGUAAAGAAGCGUAGUAAUGUCCCGUUAUAGUCACACCACGAUCUUUAUAAUCAAUCAGCAAAAUGCCUUCUGUAUCCCAAAAAAUAGUGGCCAUGAUCUUUCCGGCCGAUUGUGACACCUUAAACUUCUUUGGAGGAGGUGUGCCUUUUUUAUGCCACUGCAUCGACUCUUGCUUCGACUCAGGUUCAUAGUGGUGAACCCAGGUUUCAUCUCCAGUAACAAUCCGGGCCAUAACUUCUUCCUUAUUCUCUCCACAGAGCUCUAAAAACUGGCGAGAACACUCGACACGCUCGCUUUUUUGAAGUGGCGUGAGCAUUCUUGGAACCCAUCUUGCGCUGACCUUAGUCAUCCCAAGAUGUUGAUGUAGGAUAUUUAAAAUACUUGUUUCGGAUACACCGACCAUUGCUGCAAGCUGCUUCUUCUUCAAGCGGGUAUCUUCUAAUACAAGUUUCUCUACUUUUUCGAUGAUUUCCGGUGUGGUGGCCUCAAUGGGCCGUCCGGAGCGGGGGUCAUCUUCAAUCGACUCUCUUCCUUGCUUGAAAAGACUAUGCCACUUGUAAACCAUGGUUUUACCAGGGGCAGAGUCCGCGUAAACUGCUAACAGCUCUUGAAAAAUCGUCUGAGCGGAUUUUCCUUGCUUGGUGAGGAACUUAAUGACGGCGCGGUGUUCAAUUUUCUCCAUAUUCGCUGAGUUCUUCCCGAUUCACUUGUUUGCUGGUCGAUAGUUCAAACGUUAAUGACCCGAUUUGCUUCAAACUUGGUACAUAUACUGUUAAUGAGGUGUGCAACUAGCGGCUACCUGUACGAGCAAACCAACCCCCUCCAACCCCUCCAUUCCGCGAACUUUUUGACCUCCCCUCGUAAAAUAUCUCUGUUAACUGUUUCCGAUUUUGCUGUACUUAUAAAGAUUUAUUUACCACUGCAAUUGAAGUCAGAAUUUUGAGUGUCAUCAUCUUUGAAACAGUUUAUUAUAUCGAAAUACUAUUGCAAGCAACUAUAAGAAACUAUUGAUGAUGUAAUGAAGCUGUAGUCUCGAUAGACUAUCGACAAAACAGUAUAAUUAACUAUGUCACCUUAGUCCUGGAUUUAUACGCAAAGUAUGUAGAUAACGUGUAUUUGGAUAACCAGCAACUGUCGAGAUAACAAAGACGAGACUUGAAAGAAUGUGUUAUCUAUAAUUUAUAAAAUACAUCGUUCUUACAAAGAAAUAUAUUCUAGAAACGGCCUAAUAAUUUUGUUUUCCUAUCUAAAAUCACUGGCCUAUACAAUAUUAGUGCACUAACAUUCGAAUCUGCACCAACCAUUACAAAAAUAAUCGUGCAAUAUUGUAGAAAAUAUGUAAAAAAGUAGCCAAAUCUUCAAGAGAGCUUGAACAAACUUAUUCAGUAUCUACAAACUAAAAUAUUGUAAGAAGUGUAUUAACUAUGUGAUCAUGAAUUUGAAUAUGCAUUAGAAUAUGUUGAGAAAGUAACUGUAAUUAUGUAUGUAGUGUAAGUUGAAACUGUAUUAAUAAAUGUAAUAGGUUAUUGUACAAGACAUUUAAAACGGUUAGAACAUUUUUUCAUGAUUUUUUGACAGUUGUAAACCACCAGUGCCAUGUAUGAGCAACUUGUGCAUGUAAAUUACAACCAUACUAUAAUAAAAGACUCACCAUCAGUA